AUGAAUGUAAUCCACCAAGUAGUUGAUGUGAAUGAUAUUAAAACUGUUCAAGUCAAUGGAAAUGAGAGGAAGAAGACUGAAUUCGAGCUAAGAGAUUCAAAUGAUGAUCGGAUGCCAUGUUGUUUGUGGGAUAGGUUGCCAGAUGAUGGUUUUGCUCUCACCAUUGUAGAGUCUACAAAUAAUGAAGAUGCAUUAGAUUUCUGGGAAGCUCUUGAGGUUUUGUGUUGA